GUAUUUGCGAACUCGGGCAGGAAUUUAGAAAGGAAAAUAAAACGACGUCAAAAUUUUCGUCAUCACAACACUAGGCUGGAUGCAAACUUUUUUCGUGAAAGCCUAGUAAUAUUCUCCAAAUUCCAGCGUAUUUACGCUGAUACAACAGUAACGUUGCUCGCUAGCUGCUGCCGUUCGUGUAUAAAGGUGUUUACGGCACACGAGUGCGCAGUGUGGCCCAAGGCACUGGCAAUAAGGAAAAGGUCAUUGGAGGCUCGGUCGUUCAGCACAGCUGUGGUGAAACGGAGCUACAAGCAAGCAAACAUUUUCCCGACACCGUGUACCGUGUGUGCGUGUGUGAAGAAUUUCAACGUAAACACACGGAAAAAGCACCUGCGGAUCGAAUAUACGGGUGUACUACGCUCGAUCGGAUUGGUUGCAGCAAGCAGGAUCCAGCUUAUAAUGUGCCCAUUGCCGCGGAUACACCAAACACGGAUUGCUUGUUAAACGCACGUCACGCCGGAUCACCCACAAAUCCUGCCGCGUUACCGUGGCAAUAGCAAUUGUAUCGUAGGGGAAAUGUUGCCGUUUCUGGAUGAAACCGACGAGUUGUUCAACUACUGGAUCCUGCGGGCGUUGCUGCUGAUCGUUAUCUAUCUUGCGUGGCGCUCGACGUACGUGCGGGAAGACCGUACGAAUGCGGCCGUGCUGGUGAUUGAAAACAAUUUAGGGCGUUUGAACAGCAUCCAACCGCACAGCGUUACGACGAUCAUACUGCGCAGUUCCUCCCAGCAGUCCAACAUAUCGAACGUAACGGAAACGGAGGAGCUCGAUUUGGAGAACGAUAGCAUUGCCUCCUCGAUCGAUAACAUCACCCAGUCCAUCCUGACGGAAGCGUCCGAGUCGGCGACCGGGCUUGAUUUAAGCGAUACCGAAGGCUACCCGGGCGUGGUUAGUGCACCCGUGGUCGACACAUUCAACGAUCCCGGACCGGAAGAAAUCAUACGCCAGAUGGAUGCGGCCGAUUCCGAACCCUCCAUCCCAACCACCCAAACUGUGGGCCCUUCGUCGGCAGAAACCACCGGAUUGCGACAGAGGUUAAACGUUGCUGGGAGCGGUAGUGGGGGUGGUUUGCCGUCGGGCGAAAAAUCUUCUACCGAUGUUGACAGCAGUACGGCAAACGGUGGCUCAUCGGGCAACAGUUUAGCGGAUCCUCCCUUGCCUGCCAAACCGAUACGAAUCAAGCUGAAGUAUCUGAACGAUGACUCGAAGCUUGUGGAGGGCAACUUAAACGAGGGCAUUGGUGAUUUUAAGCGUCGAAACUUUACCCUUGAACUGGCGGCCCACAAGCUCGUGCGGCUAGUGUUUAACGGGCAUGUGCUGCAACCCGACAGCAAAACGCUCGCCGCCUGCGGUCUGUUCGACAACUGUGUCGUGCACUGCUUGAUACAGAAUCAAAAAUCGGCCCUGAAUGGCGCUAGUACCGAGCGUCCGUUGGAAGGUUCUUCGAUGGGAGAUAAUCAAGCGCACGGUUCGACCGGUAGCGGGCUGGAGAAUGGGGACGGUAUCGAUUCGGCCAAUGAUCGUCGCGGUGCAGACAUGGAUAACAGUCGAUCCGGUGGUGGUGGUGGCACACGGUACGGGACGUACUUCAUCUACAUCGGUACGCUCGCAGUGACCGCGGUCAUACUGUACGGAUGGUACUGUCGCGUGCAUUACGGACAUUUGUUUAACUUAAAUUCUACGAUCGGACUCAUCGUGACCACCACCACGUUCCUGAUAAUGAUGCCGACCAUUAUUCUGGCCGAUAGUAAUACACCAAACUGAAUGUCCCGGGCGUUUCCUACGCGCAAGCGGGCGUGCACAUCUGCUAGGCAAGAUAUCGAACAGUACCGUGUGGCUAAAUGACUGACCACACACAGGGGAAUCAGUGUUAUUUAUCAAUUGUCUAUCAUGUUUGAUAUCUCUAAAACGCUCAUUGUUUUGUACAUAAUGUGAUCCAAUAAAUGGUAACCCAACAACAUGAAUGUAAGCAAAAGGAACAAGAAAAACAAAAAAAAA